CAUGCUAUGUCUUUCUUUAACACUUCCAAUGCGGUCACUGGUGUCAGGAACUUCCCAUAUUAUAAAGGGACCAUUGUUGGCAUCAUGAAGGGAUUUCUUGGUCUGAGUGGAGCAAUAUUAAUUCAAAUAUAUUGGACAUUUUUAUACAAGAAACCUGCUUCAUUUCUCCUGAUGCUGGCACUGCUACCUACCAUAAAUACUUUGUUGCUUAUGUGGUUUGUGAGGAUCCACAAGAAGUACGAAGGAAACGAGAAGAAGCACCUAAAUAGUUUGUCGUUGAUUGCUCUCAUUGUUGCUGCUUACCUUAUGGGAUUUAUAAUAUUAGAGAACCUCCUUACGUUGUGCUUAGCCAUACGUGUCGUUGCUUUUGUUGCGCUUAUACUGCUGCUUGCCUCACCUCUUUGCAUUGCAAUUAGAGCACAUAAAAGGGAGUCUAAUAGGGUUUCACAGACGUUAUUAGCUGAGGGUGACCAGUUAAUAGAUGGUGAGUCCAACUGGCGAGAUACUGAAAAGAGCCAUAUACAAGAUCCUUCUGGGUAUCGCCAUUUGCCUAGCAAUAAUACUGAUCAAGAGCUGGAUAGUAAUGAUAGGACUUUGCAAUCCAGAGAAAAUUUUAAUCUAGUCCAAGCCAUGUGCACUUUGGACUUCUGGAUUUUGUUUAUUGCCAUGGUAUGUGGAAUGGGCUCAGGACUUGCCACCAUCAAUAACCUCAACCAGAUAGGAGGAUCACUGGGCUACAGAACCUUUGAGAAAAGUACUUUGAUUUCUUUGUGGAGUAUCUGGAAUUUCCUUGGUCGUUUUGGAGCCGGGUAUGUAUCAGAUCAUUUCCUGCAUUUGAGAGGAUGGGCAAGGCCAUUAUUCAUGGUAAUCACUCUAGCAGGCAUGAGCAUCGGUCAUGUGGUGAUUGCUUCUGGUAUGCCUUGUGCUCUUUAUACUGGAUCCCUACUGGUGGGUGUUUUUUAUGGUUCUCAGUGGUCGCUAAUGCCCACAAUCACUUCUGAGAUAUUUGGUGUGCUACAUAUGGGAACCAUAUUCAUUGCCAUUACCAUAGCCGCUCCUGUGGGAUCUUAUAUCUUUUCCGUGAGAGUGAUCGGGCAUAUUUAUGACAAAGAAGCGUCGACGGCAUGGAAUACAUGCACCGGAACUCACUGCUUUAGGUUAUCAUUCCUUAUCAUGGCAUGUGCUACCCUUUUGGGGUCUCUCACUGCCUUGGCUUUGUUCUUCCGGACAAGAAGUUUCUACAGUCAGGAUAUUGAUGGAACCAGCAACACCUAGCUCCUCUGUCCUGCUACAUCUCAACCUGCACUUGUAAAUUGUGAUUAAGGUGACCAUAAAGUCCAAUUGUCAAAAGAAAUUAUCAAGUUGCAGAUACUUUUAGUGUCUCAAGCUGCUUCGACCUCGCCGAGAUUUGCAUCUUUUUCUCUGUUGUCAUGUAUACAUUGGUUGUACUUUUGGAAGUCUGUCAUUUGUAAGCAGAGUUUCCUUCUAGGAAUGCCAUUCAAACGCUGAAACAGUACAGUAUUUUUCUCUAGAAGACUAGUUCUCCUCCAAAUUCCCAAAGGUUGUGAAUAAAACUCAGACGCUUGAUAUACA